AUGGUCUUUGAUGGGCUAAACAGACACGACUUGGUUUUACACAACACAAUGAUUACAGGUUAUGGAUCUUGUGGGUACUGGGAGAAAGCACUAAAUCUGUUUAUUAUAAUGAGAAGAAUUGGAUAUCAGCCUGAUGGGUAUACAGUUGUAGGGUUAUUAUCGGGUUUAACAUGUUCUAGCUUGCUGGAAAUCGGCCAAGGAAUCCAUGGUUACUGUUUGAGAAGCGGGUUUGAUUCUAACACACACAUAAGUAGCGUCCUUGUUAGUAUGUACACAAGAUGUGGUUGUAUGAAUUCGGCCUAUAAAGUAUUUAGUGGUUUAUCACAUCCCGAUUUAGUAACAUGGUCUGCUUUAAUAUCUGGUUUUUCACAAUCUGGAGAGUAUCACAAUGCCUUAACUUCUUUCAAGAAUAUGAACUCCUAUGGCAAAAGGCUAGACUCCGUUCUUAUCUCCAUUUUACUGGCUGUAACUUCACAAUUGGUCACUUUGGCACCAGGAGUCGAGCUACAUGGUUAUGCCAUACGCCAUAACCUACAUUCGGAGGUCAUGGUGUCUUCUGCAUUGAUAGACAUGUACUCAAAAUGUGGUUUCUUGGACUUGGCACUCAAGGUGUUCGAUGAAAUGCCUAAAAGAAACAUAGUUUCAUACAAUUCAGUAAUAGCAAGUUUUGGUUUAUACGGACUUGCAUCCGAGGCUUUUGAAGUGUUUCAUGAGGUUCUUGAACGAGGUCUAAAACCUGAUGAAUCUACUUUCACUGCUCUACUAUCUGCUUGCUCCCAUGGUGGUCUUCUUAAAGAAGGUCGAGACGUUUUCAGAAGAAUGAGGGACGAUUUUAGCAUUGAAGCAAACACUGAACAUUAUGUUCAUUUUGUGAAGCUUGUUGGUAUGGCUGGGGAGUUGGAUGAGGCUUAUGAGGUUGUUAACUCGUUGGGAGAGCAUGUGGAUUCUGGUAUUUGGGGUGCACUUCUUUCUUGCUGUGAUGCACAUAAUGAUUUGAAAAUGGCAGAGAUUGUGAGUCAGCGACUCCUUGGGUGUAAGCAAGAGAGAAGCAACUACAAGGUUAUGGUUUCUAAUAUGCUUAAUGGAAAUGGGAGGUGGGAUGACGUGAAAAAAUUGAGGGAUGAAUUAGAUGGUGUGGGAAAUAGGAAAGUUCGUGGAGUUAGCUGGAUUGAGGUCUAA